CGCGAAGCAGAGCAACACUCGUCUUCCUCAUCGCCCACACACAAACAAGACAGCAGCGGCAAAAACUGAUUUCAGUGUUGCGGGUGACAAGGGCAGAUAUGCAGGCAACAACAGCAGCAGCAGCUGGUGGCGGGAGUGGGAGAGGGCAAGCAGCAGAAGGGAGUGGUGGUGGACAAGAGGCAGCAGGGGAGCAACAAGGAGGGGUGGCAACAGGUGCUGGCAGCGAUAUCAGUGACACCAGCACUGACAGCAAUGAGGCACAACAACAGCAACAACAACACAAUGGAAAUGAAGAAGACGACAAUGAGUGGGAGACGGAGUACGUUGUUGCCUCAGUGCACAAUUCAAAGUAUGCUGGCCUGAAUCUUCGACCAGAGACCUUCAAAGUCGUGGGUGCGCACACAGCACAGCCCGUGUUUCGCAUGGGAUCAGACGUGUUUGUUGGACAGUACUCAGAGGCGUUUGGGACCAACCUCAUCUUGCAAGCAACACAAGCAGAGGCGACUGAGCGGACAGAGUGGAAGUAUCUUGGGCGAGGCAUCAAGACCAUGACGCUACUGAGAGCAGAGCUGCACGAGGUGGAGCAAGAGGAAGAGCAAGAGGAAGAGCAAGAGGAAGGCAGCGAUGAACCAGCGCAAUCGGAAUGAUACAGCCGAUAGGACACAGCAGCCUUCUUACUUUCCCUCCACCACCUUUAUCAUCUCCUUGCCUCUUCAGCAACAACCUGCCUUUGCUCAUGUCAUCUCAACAUCAUCUGUACACACACACACACAUACACACAC